AUCUCCUGUUGUAUGUACACACACGCUUUUAUGGAGAGGGAAGGCAUGGUAGAUGGACAAACAUCGAUUCCUCUGCUUAACAGAGAAAACCCAGAUCAUGGUGCUUCAUCAUCUUCAUCCUCUUCGGCCACACCUGUACUUUUAUUCAGCACUUUCGUUGCCGUCUGUGGUUCUUAUGUCUUUGGCUCUGCUGUCGGAUUUUCGUCACCUACUCAGUCUGAAAUCAUGGAGGACCUUGGCCUCUCUUUGGCAGAGUAUUCAGUUUUUGGUUCAAUAAUGACUGUUGGAGCAAUGCUGGGUGCAGUAAUGAGUGGGAAGCUUGCAGAUCUCUUCGGCCGGAGGGGUACAUUGGGAUUCUCAGACAUAUUCUGCAUCAUAGGGUGGCUUGCGAUGGCGUUAUCAGAGCGUGCUUGGUGCCUUGACCUUGGAAGACUUUCUCUGGGAUAUGGAAUUGGGCUUCUUUCAUACGUGGUACCAGUAUAUAUAGCAGAAAUAACCCCAAGGGAUAUUCGAGGAACAUUCACAACUGCCCAUCAGUUCCUGGAUUCUUGUGGUGUAUCAAUAAUGUAUCUCAUUGGAACCAUCAUCACCUGGCGCAUCUUGGCUGCAAUUGGAAUUAUUCCAUGCUUAAUUCAGUUUGUCGGUCUAUUCUUUAUUCCAGAGUCUCCAAGGUGGUUGGCAAAGAAUUAUCGAUGGUCAGAUUGUGAAGCUGCAUUACAGCGCCUAAGGGGAGAGAGUGCAAAUAUUUCUGAAGAAGCUACUGAAAUUAGAGUUUAUACAGAAAACCUUCAACAGUUCUCGGAAGCUAAAAUAUUUGAUUUGUUUCAGCGGAAAUAUGCUCACUCCCUCAUUGUUGGAGUUGGACUAAUGGCAUUGCAACAAUUUGGAGGGAUCAAUGGGAUUGUAUACUAUGCGAGUGCUAUUUUCGAAUCAGCAGGUUUUUCAAGCAGAAUUGGGACUAUAGCGAUGGUGGUUGUUCAGGUUCCUGCGACGUUGAUUGGUGCCCUCUUAAUGGAUAAAUCUGGACGAAGACUGCUCCUAGUGAUUUCUGCAGGAGGAACGUGCUUGGGCUGCUUCCUCGUUGGAUUGUCUUUCCUGUUGCAGGACCUUGAAUUGUGGAAGGAGCUCACUCCAAGCUUGGCACUGGUUGGUGUACUGGUGUUUAAAGGAUCUUUCUCACUGGGCAUGGCGGGAAUUCCAUGGAUUAUAAUGUCAGAGAUAUUUCCUAUAAACGUGAAAGGUCUGGCUGGAAGCCUCAUAACAGUAGUUAACUGGCUCGGCACUUGGAUUGUUACAUAUGCCUUCAACUUCUUGAUGAACUGCAGCUCAGAAGGAACAUUUUUCGCAUUCUCAGGCGUAUGUGGUUUAACCGUUUGGUUUGUUGUGGAGCUGGUUCCAGAGACCAAAGGACUUACUCUGGAAGAAAUUCAAACUGCUAUGUAUCCAUCUACAACAAAAAUAUAGGCCUGGCUUGCUUGCUUAUCCUGAGAUUUCUAGAGUCCAAAGCAGAUAAUCAACCGAUAAAUUUCUGGGCCUUUUACAUUUUUUUUUCAUUAAAUGAAAAAAAGGUUUGAAGGUAAAGACAAUGGCCUUGUUUGGUUUGUGUUUCUCAAAAAAUUUUGGAAAAAAUUCUCUAAGUAUCGCUUGAUUAUCGCUCUUCUUAUAUUUUUAGAAAUAAAUAAAUCAAUCAUACUUGUGUAA